AUGUGGAAAGAAAACAACCAAAGAGCCAAACAAAAUGAUGGCUAUCGAACUUUAUCCUUGUCCGGCCAUGUUGGUUUUGGUAGUUUACCUGAUCAGCUGGUUAAAAAAUCCAUCAAGCAGGGCUUCUGCUUCAACAUUCUUUGCAUUGGGGAAACUGGAAGUGGGAAAUCAACCUUGAUAAACAGUUUGUUUAACACCAAUUUUGAUGACUCUGUGUCAACGCAUUUUUUGCCAAAUGUACGACUUAGAGCCCAGACUUAUGAACUCCAGGAAAAGAGUGUUCUUUUGAAACUGACUGUUGUAAAUACAGUGGGAUUUGGUGACCAGAUAAACAAAAGAGAUAGCUAUCAGCCAAUAGUGGAUUAUAUAGAUGCACAAUUUGAAUCCUAUCUCCAGGAAGAACUGAAAAUUAAACGUUCUUUAUUUAGCUACCAUGAUACUCGCAUCCAUGUCUGCCUCUAUUUCAUUUCACCUACAGGCCAUUCCCUAAAAGCCUUAGACUUGCUAACCAUGAAAAGACUAGACAGCAAGGUGAACAUUAUACCAAUUAUAAGCAAAGCAGACAGCAUUUCUAAAACUGAACUACAGAAGUUCAAGAACAAAAUAAUGAGUGAAUUAGUGAGUAAUGGCGUCCAGAUAUACCAGUUUCCAGCUGAUGAUGAAACCGUUUCUAAAAUUAAUACCGUCAUGAAUGGGCAUUUGCCAUUUGCUGUAGUAGGAAGUGUAGAAGAGGUGAAAAUUGGAGACAAAAUGGUGAGAGCUCGUCAGUACCCUUGGGGCAUUGUACAAGUGGAAAAUGAGAACCACUGUGACUUUGUGAAGCUUCGUGAGAUGCUUAUUUGCACAAAUAUGGAAGACUUAAGAGAGCAGACUCAUGCACGACAUUAUGAGUUGUACAGACGCUGCAGACUGGAAGAGAUGGGCUUCAGAGACAUUGGCCCUGAGAACAAACCAGUCAGGCUUCCAUGUUCUAAGUCUUAUGUAGAUAGGAAAACUAUAUGUCACAGCUAUGCUUCUGUAGAAAGUUUACAGGAAGCCUAUGAGGCAAAGAGGCACGAGUUCUACCUUGAACUGCAAAGAAAAGAGGAGGAGAUGAGACAACAGUUUGUACAGAGAGUGAAGGAGAAAGAAGCAAUAUUGAAAGAAGCAGAGCAACAGAUACAGACUAACUUUGAACAUCAUAUGCUAAUGCAUCAAGAAGUGAAACUGAAAUUAGAGAAAAAGAAAAAAGUUCUAGAAGACGAAAUAGCUAUGUUUAUUGAGAAGAAAGCUAAUGCUGAAUUACUCCAAUCACAAGCAUCUGUCUCUACCCCUGUUAGUUUGAAGAGAGACAAGGACCGCAAAAAGAAACAAGGUUUUUGACUUGAACUGUUGUGCUUUGAUGUCAGAAAUGAAAAAAUUGUGAAUGUUCAUGAACAGAACGAGAGGGAGAGGGAUAAGUUAAGCAGGGAGAAAAUUCACCCAGGGAAUUCCAGAAAUAGUAUUUGA